CACAGCGGGAGAUUUACCUGGUCCCGCACCUGCAUGAACCACCAUCACAUUUUCAGUCGUAGCUUGGCUAGGAGUAAAUAAACAGUGCUUUGUUUUAAUCUGUUGUAAUUAGUCUAAGUGUAUGAACUUUUGUGAAUUACGUUUUAGUCUAACAUGGACUGGACAUUACUACCGUUGGAACCAUUGGAGACUAUUUUUCACCAGCUAGAGUUUAAAGAUCGUAUUGCUUGUUCGCUGGUAUGUCGCAGAUGGAAUGAGGUCCUCUUUAGCUGUCCAGCCCUAGCUCGCAGUAUUAUUUUCAGUAUAGGACCGACUUACUCCACUGAUCUUCGCAGCGUCAUCCGAUGGAGCAAUCGAAACUAUCGACAGAUAACAAUAGUGCUGAACCAUGAUUCUGACACCGCAUUGUCUGAACUUAUUGCAGAGACUGCUGAACGAUGGGACGUAAAGCUUGUAUCAUUAGUUGGAGAUCCACCCAAAGUCCUUAACUGUAUGAACCUGAACGCCAAUUUGUUCAACUCGAUCACAGAGCUGAACCUGGAAUUUACCAUGGAUCGUGCUUGGCCUGUGAUUUCCGCACAGACAAUUACUUUUAGAAAUCUUAAAAAGUUCAACUAUCUACAAGUAUACACAGGUUCCAAUCCUAUGGGGAUGCUAUUUCGACUGGUAGUUCCAAAUUUGGAAGAGGUAUCUGUAGUACUAGAUUCGUUAGCCAACGAAGAAGCCAUGUACUGGGCAGACCCACUGAUCGAAAUAGUAGAGUGCAACAAUCUGAAAUCAUUGGAAGUUGAUUUGAAUUGCACCAUGUGGGAGAGAUUUUUUGCCACUGAAAGACCUACAUUGGAACGAUUGGUGAUACGUCGAGCCAGUGACGAAUUCCAGGAGCGAGACUGGAACCUACUUUUCCGUAACAUGCCGAAUCUACGCUACGUUGAGUUUGUUUUCUCAAAUGAUAUAAUGCUGUCUAAUUUGACUAGAAAUUGCAAAAAAGUUGAACGGCUGAUGUUGAAUGGUUUUUGCCUGCACGAUGGGUCCUUCGCCAACAACAUGAGUCUAUUAUCGUUGAAACAGGUUCACAUGGACGGCUGGAUGAAUGGGGCAUUAUUUUCCUUGAAUUCUCCGCUUGAUUUAGUCCAUUUAGAAGAACUCACGUGGAAGUACGUAGAAUUGGCCCCCGCGCAGGGUAGUUUUACACUGGUAACGCCUGAACUGCGACGACUAACAUUACGCGGUUGUGACUACAAGCGUUUCUUACUGGAGGUUGGAUGUCGUCUCGAGAUUAUCGAUAUGGAUUACUACGAGGAACAGGUGUUGACACCAAACUUUUUCGAUUCACUGGAGAAUCUUCAACACCUCACUUUACACAUCAAUAGCAGCUCACUGAAACUAGUUCGACACAUGCGCCAUCUGCCUCAAUUGAAUCAGCUGGAAUUGGUAUGUUCCACCGAACGCCAUGGGUACGACUGUAAUGCCUUGUUCAGCAGUAUUUGUUCCCACUGUCCUGAACUGCGGGAACUCUGCAUACGCAAUGAGCACGAAAAUUAUCUUAGUAUUGGCUACCGAUAUUUUGUGCAACUCGUUAGAUUGAGCAAACUGCGGAUAUUAACUCUUCAGUACAUCACACUGUACAAUGUGGUCGGCGAAAUACCGAUGGAACACUUGGUGCGCCUGAACGUUUGGGGUUGCAUAGUUAUCGGGAAGGGACCAUUUAAAAGAUUUCCCAUUGCGACACAUGACUCGAGCGUUCAGGCGGCGGAUUGUAGCUUUACCUGCCAAGACAGAGGAAGAUGGUAGGUUAGGCAGACGUUCAAUAUGAAUGAAAUUCAAACGAAUAACAUCAAGUGUGUGUUAUAAGCCAGACAGUAGGUUAAAUUUUGUUUAUUUGUGUCUAUGUUUAUGUAGGUAUUUGUAUGUGUGUGUCUAACGUGGGCACUAUUUUAUUAGGAAACAUCACAAUUUAUUAUUUUAAUAGAGUCUUAUGAAAUGCAUAUGUAUACACGUUACUUUAAGUCUACCAUUAACUUUAUUUUAAAUAAUGAUUGUACAAGUAUUUAGUUCUACUGAACACUAAAGUGUUUGAUUGCAUGUAAUUUUGAAUAAAAGUUUUUUUUU